AUCUUUCUCAACUCUCUUACACAAUUUGGUUUCAGCAGUCUCUCUUCAGAGAGCAAUGGCGGCGGCUGCUCCAACAGGCUCCUUCUCCUCCCUCACCGCUGCAUCCAAAACGCCAUCCUCGAAGCUCUCUUCUCGUUCUUUAGGCGUGCUCUUUUCUUCGUCUCCUUCACUCAAGCAGCUCCGAGCAGCCGUGUCCUCACGAUGUCGGUCUGCUGCUUCCGGUUCCGCCAUGGCUGCUCGUAUGGUGUCGGCUCCAGCCGUCAGGUCUCCUUUGUCGCUGGAUUUCGACACGAAAGUUUUCACCAAGGAGAAAAUCAACCUCAGUGGCCACGAGGAGUACAUUGUUAGAGGAGGUAGAAAUUUGUUCAAGCUGUUGCCUGAUGCAUUUAAGGGCAUAAAACAGAUUGGAGUCAUUGGUUGGGGCUCUCAGGGACCUGCUCAGGCACAAAAUAUAAAGGAUUCCCUUGCGGAGGUGAAAUCUGAUAUUGUUGUAAAGAUUGGUUUAAGGAAGGGCUCUAAGUCUUUUGAAGAGGCCCGUAAUGCUGGUUUCUCUGAAGAAAAUGGGACUCUUGGGGACAUAUGGGAAACCAUCUCUGGCAGUGAUUUGGUGCUACUAUUGAUAUCAGAUGCAGCUCAGGCUGAUAACUAUGAGAAGGUUUUCUCACACAUGAAGCCAAAUAGCAUUCUUGGACUUUCCCAUGGCUUCUUGUUGGGCCAUUUGCAGUCACAAGGUCUCGACUUUCCCAAAAACAUUAGCGUCAUAGCUGUAUGUCCCAAGGGGAUGGGACCCUCUGUGAGAAGGUUAUAUGUGCAAGGGAAAGAGGUCAAUGGAGCUGGCAUCAACUCAAGCUUUGCUGUCCAUCAGGAUGUUGAUGGAAGAGCUACUGAUGUUGCCCUUGGAUGGUCGGUUGCACUUGGUUCUCCUUUCACAUUUGCCACUACACUGGAGCAGGAGUACAAAAGCGACAUUUUUGGAGAGCGAGGCAUCUUACUUGGGGCUGUGCACGGCGUGGUUGAGUGUUUAUUCCGAAGGUACACGGAAAAUGGAAUGGAUGAGGAUUCUGCGUACAAGAACACCGUGGAGAGUAUUACGGGAAUAAUAUCUAGAACCAUUUCAGCAAAGGGUAUGCUGGCCGUCUACAAUGCAUUGUCCGAAGAAGGAAAGAAGGACUUUGAAACAGCAUAUAGUGCUUCGUAUUACCCCUGCAUGGAUAUAUUGUACGAGUGCUAUGAAGACGUCGCUACUGGGAGUGAAAUCAAGAGUGUUGUCUUGGCCGGUCGUCGCUUCUACGAAAAGGAGGGAUUGCCUGCUUUCCCAAUGGGGAAAAUCGACGAAACCCGGAUGUGGAAAGUCGGCGAGCGUGUUCGGGCAGUACGUCCCGCCGGAGACUUAGGACCUCUCUAUCCUUUCACCGCAGGAGUCUUUGUGGCAUUGAUGAUGGCUCAGAUUGAGAUAUUAAGGAGGAAAGGGCAUUCAUACUCGGAGAUUAUAAACGAGAGUGUGAUCGAGGCCGUGGAUUCGCUGAACCCGUUCAUGCAUGCGCGGGGAGUGUCCUUCAUGGUUGAUAACUGCUCAACAACGGCCCGUUUGGGGUCGAGGAAAUGGGCCCCGAGAUUCGACUACAUGCUCACCCAGCAGGCGCUAGUGGCAGUGGACAACGGCGCCCCGAUCAGCCGGGACCUGAUCAGCAACUUCCUGUCGGACCCUGUGCACGGUGCCAUUGAAGUGUGCGCUCAGCUGAGGCCCACUGUCGACAUCUCCGUGCCCCCGGAUGCAGACUUUGUUCGGCCGGAGCUGCGACAGUCGGGGAACUGAAGAAGAGGUUAGAGACACUGUUAUAUCUAUCGAUCUGUAAGACUUUUGAUAGAAGAAUGAAUUGAGUGUGUUGUCGAAUAAAAACCAGUUGAGCAGUGAGUCUAGUCGUGUUUUUUCCCGUUGUAUGCUAUCAUAUGAAUUUAUGUUUGUUUCAUUAGUUGGAAUAAUUGAUUAAUCAA